AUGGACUCCAUCGUCGAAACACAACGCCAGACCCACGAGGAGAUCGAGCGGUAUGAGCAAGCCUUGGCCGAGGUGCUCAUGCAGAACCCAACAGCCACCAAAAAUGUAACUAGGAGAGACCGAAAGGCUGCAGAAAUACUAGACCGUAUAGGGACACUGCGAAAGGAGCUUGUCGACAUGUACGAGGACAUCCCUGGGCUACGACCCAAGGAGCUUGCCCUUCUCUCAGCCCCCGGAGCAGGACAGGACGACCUCGAAGAGUUUUAUCUGCGUUUCAACAAGAUCAAGGACUUUCACGGGCGGAAUCCGGGCAUCAAUGCGCGACAAUUCCUUAAUGAAGUGGAUGAGCUGGUCAAGGGCGAUGCUGACAUGGAUACAGCCCUCGAUUCUAUCUUCUCCGGUGAAGAAGCCUACGGCAAACACCUCGAUCUUUACCUCUCCCACUCUCAAUACCUCAACUUGAAAGGCUCCACACGUCUCUCCUACGUCGCCUACCUCGACAUGCUCAAACACGGCAAAGUCGAGCGUACCCUCGACACUAAAGAGAAAUCCAACGCCGCCUACCUCGAAUACGUCCAAACGCUGUACAACUACCUUCUCUCCUUCUUUGAGCGGGCUUUACCGCUGGUCGAUGUACGAGGGAAGGUCAAGGAAGCGGAGGCGAGCUUUGAGGCUGCAUGGGAGGCGGGACAGGUGGAGGGAUGGGAGUCGUCUGGUGCGAAGAAGCAAGAGAAUGGUGGAGAAGGGAUCUGGUGUCAGUACUGCCAAAAGAAUUAUUCCAAGCAGACAGUAUACGACGCCCAUCUUUACUCCAAGGGUCACAAGAAGAAGGCUGCCGAAGGGGCUGGUUCUACAGCAUCUCCCGCGCCUGCGGGACCUACAACCACCACUUCCCAAACUUCCAAAUCCAAACUCCCCGCCCGACUCACUUCCCUCAUCAUCGCUCUCCUCACCUUCCCGCCCAUACCCAGACUCUUGAGCGACUCGAGGAACGAGGUGGAGCGAAAGAUGGCGUUGACGUCGAGAGAGAGGGAGCAGGAAAUCGAAGAGCAGGAAGAGGGUCAGCAAGUGGAGGAGGUCGAGCUCGGAAACGAUUCGGAUGAAGAAGAUGACGACGGAAAGGUGUACAAUCCCCUCAAGCUUCCUCUUGGUUGGGAUGGCAAGCCUAUUCCUUUCUGGCUGUACAAGCUGCACGGUCUCGGUGUCGAGUUCAAGUGUGAAAUCUGCUCCAAUGCGUCGUACAACGGCCGAAAAGCCUUUGAAAAGCACUUUACAGAGUCCAAGCAUGCUUUCGGUCUUCGUGCGCUCGGUCUGCCGCCGUCCAAACAUUUCAUGUACAUCACCAAGAUCUCUGAUGCCAUGUCUCUGGCGGAAAAGCUGAAGCGUGAAGGCAGACAAGAGCUCUCAGCGAUGGACAAGGCGGAAGAGUUUGAGGAUGAUGAAGGGAAUGUGUACGAUAAGAAGACGUACGAGCAGUUGCAACGACAGGGUCUUAUCUAG